AUGGAUGUGGAAGGGGGAGAGGUAACCAUCCCUUCAAGUUCCAGGCUGUAUUUCGAUUUUGGCGAUGAUUGCUACAAUCAUGAAAUGAAAGAGAAGGGAAUUCUUUGGCGCAUCUUCUUCUCUCCAUUAACGAGGAAGAAGGCAUUUAUAAUAUCAUGUAUUGCAGUGUCAAUAGAUCCUUUGUUCUUUUACAUUCCAGUCAUCGAUGAGAAGAACAAGUGCCUUGGAAUAGACAAAAGGUUGAAGACUGCAGCUCUUUGCUUGCGAGCACUUCCUGAUGCCGCUUUCGCACUGCAUACUAUAAAUUAUGUGUUUAUACUAGUGAAAGGGCUGCUUAUAAGGGUGCCCUGGGCUUGGCUGCCAGAGCUUGGUGCUUUUGUAUUCCUCGUUGUUGGAAUACUUGGAAUACUUGGAAUACUUGUCUUCAGCUUUAUUCAUAUAUUACUAGGCGGUUUCCUUAUCCUUCCCAUCCCACAGUUGGCAAUACUAGUUUUCUUUUUCAAGUCAGGAGGCUCUGGACAUUUCGGCCGAAGAGUGACCACCCUGAACGUGUUCCUUGUUAUGCAUUAUCCGGCCAGGGUUUUCUUAAUCUACAGAUUCAGUAAAUAUCUCAAGAACAAAACCAAAACAGGGGUUCAAGCUGCAUUAUAUUUUUUCUUCUACGUUCUUUCUAGUCAUGUACUUGGAGGUUUUUGGUAUUUCUUUUCUAUUCAACGAGAGAUAUCAUGCUGGCAUCAAUUCUGUAAAAAUGCUAUAAGUUGUGGAGCCAUUGAUUAUUGCAGUGGCAGUACUUCACGAAAUAUCACCUUCCUAAAUGAGUUAUGCCCGUCAAAUCCACCAAAUGCUACCGUAUUUAAUUUUGGAAUAUUUCUUGAUGCCAUUCAAUAUGGAAUCACAAGAUCAAUGCAUUUUCCAACCAAGUUCUUUUACCGCGUAUGGUGGGGAGUCAGAAAUCUAAGUAACUUUGGUACGAAUAUGCAAACAAGCAGCUAUGUGUGGGAAAACUGCUUUGCAAUUAUCGUUUCUUUGAUUGGCCUGCUAUUAUUUUUAUAUCUCCUUGGAAACCUACAGAUAUAUAUGCAACAAGCACUCCAAAAAUCGUUGGAUAAGAAGAAGUUAGGACGGAAGAUAGAUAAGAAAAAAAAGAAGAUACAAAAGUGCAUGAAAAUGCAUGGCAUUUCAGAUGAUACGGUUGGAAAAAUUUUGUGUGGUACUAGAGAAAACAAAUUGGAAAAAAACAUUGAUGGUGAAGUGGAUGUGAAUUAUAUCUUCUAUGUUUUGUACGAGUCUGAGAGAAGACUUAUGUGCCAAGAUAUUUGUUGGAAGAAGCUGAAAAAAGUAGGUUCCUUUCCUCUCUCUUUUCUUGGUGUAAAGGAACUUCAACAUAUGAAUGAUGAAGCGUUGGAAAUGAUCUGCAACUAUCUCAAGCCAAAGAUCUUCAAGGAGAAUGAGAUGGUGGUUGAAGCGGGACACCCACUUAAUGCGAUGCUCAUUAUUAUAGCAGGCUUUAUGCAGGCGUACCUGCCAAUUAGGGAUGUUGGAGAUGCACAUCCCUCAACCUCAUUUGAAACUCUUGACAAAGGUAUGUUUGUUGGAGAACAACUUCUGGAUUGGGCAGCGAAAACCAAAACUUUAGGUGACCAACCUGUUUCGUUCAAAACUAUCCGAUGUUCCAAAAAAGUAGAAGCCUUUGCUCUCACCGUUGAUGACUUGAAAACUUUAGUGCACAUCAAAGGCAUCUUCCUGAUGUCAAAAGUUGGCUUUCUCAAUAUUCAUGCUGAUGACUGGAGGAUACGUGAGAAACGAGAUGCGAUAUUGUUGUGGAUGGGAAGAAAUGACAUUUCUGUUGAUGUUGUGGUAGAUAUUAUGCAGGGUUUUAGUAAAAACAAAUUGGAAGAAAAAAUAGAUGAUGAAGUGGAUGUGAAUUAUAUCUUUUCUGUUUUUGAAGAAUAUGAGAGAAGCAUUAUGCGGCGUUAUUUCUGCAUGGAGGCUCUGAAAAAAGUAAGGGAGCUUCAACAUAUGAACGAUCGUGCAUUGGGAAUGAUCUGUGACUGUCUCAAGCCAAAGGUGUUCGAGGAGAAUGCCAAGGUUGUUGAAGUGGGAGAGCCACUUAACGCGCUGCUCUAUAUUAUAGCAGGCUCUAUGAAAGUGUACCUGCCAAUUAUAGAUGCUGGAGAAGCAGCUCCAUCAAACUCAUUCGAUACUCUUGAGAAAGGUAUGUUUGUUGGAGAACAACUUCUGUAUUGGGCAAUGAAAACCAAAGCUUUUGAUGACCAACCUGCUUCGUUCAAAACUAUCCAAUGUACCAAAAAAGUAGAAGCCUUUGCUCUCACAGUUGAUGACUUGAAAACUUUAGCGCUCUCUGGAGACAUCUUCCCGAUGAAGUUUAAAGGUGAUCUUUAG